CCUGAUCCCUUCUGUUGUGUCGCCACUCCAGCCCGAAGCCCCCCUCUCACCCCAUGCUUGGGACAAAGCCAGCUCACUGCCAGCCCAAUGACUGCCUGGAUCGUCCUGCCUGUCAGCCUGUCUGCCUUCUCCAUCACAGGAAUAUGGAUAGUGUAUGCCAUGGCUGUGAUGAAUCACCAUGUUUGUCCUGUGGAGAACUGGUCUUACAACGUAACGUGCACAGAGGAGCUGCCCCGACCAGGCUUCCCCAAGACGUGCUGCACCAUCCAGGACAUCCCCCUCAUCAGUAAAUGUGGCUCCUACCCUCCUGAAAGCUGCUUGUUCAGCCUGAUUGGCAACGUUGGAGCUUUCAUGGUGGUGAUGGUGUGCCUUCUGCGCUACGCCCAGGUGAUCGAGCACAGCCACCGAUGUUGGGUCAACACCAGCGCUCUGGUGUCCGGCUGCACCAACGCCGUGGGUCUGGUCAUGGUGGGCAACUUCCAGGUGGAUCAUGCCAAAUCUCUACACUAUGUGGGCGCCGGUGUGGCAUUUCCAGCAGGGCUGCUGUUUGUGUGCCUGCAGUGUGUGCUCACCUACCGGGUAGCUGUAACCGCCCUUGACUACUGGAUGGCCCAUUUCCGGGUGGCACUGGCACUGGGAGCCAUGGUCUCCCUCGUCCUCAGUGGCAUCUUCUUCAUCCAUGAGAGCUUCAUCCUGCAGCACGCUGCGGCCAUCUGCGAGUGGGUCUUCACUGUGGACAUCCUGGUUUUUUACGGCACCUUCACCUACGAGUUCGGCACCGUCACCAGCGAGACCAUGAUGGCCGGCCUGCAGCGGAGUCACCACCACGGCUCAGGUGUUAUCAUGGGCCCCAGGGCCCGGGGCUCAACACUAGGCGGGGCAACUAAGGGCCUCAAGUCCCCCGGGGGAAGCAGCACAUCCACACAUCUCAACUGUACCCCGGAGAGCAUAGCCAUGUUGUAGCUCUGCCUCGCAGCCCAAAGGUGUGAAGUGUCACUGCAGAGGUCUUCACGAGCCCCCACAGGAAGGCAAGAUGACAGAGACAGCAUGUGCAGGAAGUUCUGGUAUCUUUAACCAUUGACCCAACACCAGGUUAUCCCAUCUGUAAUACUAUACUGCUUUAUUUUUAUUUUUUUAUUUUUUUCUUCUCAACGUUGGUGCGAGCCCCUGCAGUCAAAUGUCCCGUUACAUUUUCAGUGGUGAUGUUGAAAGGAGGGCUGAAUGUGUGGAGCCAGUCUGAGCUGGAGCCAUGAAUGUUUUCUAAGAUGGCUGUUUGUCUGGGCAGUUCUUCACUAAAACCUACUAGAGUAGGUUGUUU